AAGAAACGCGUUGGCAUAUCCAAGUAAACGCGUCGCUGCACGACGUAUAUUUUAUCUUAUCUUAUGUACGUAUAUAUUCAACGUAUACUUAUCUUAUAUCCAUCACAAGAAAAGCCUCCUCCUGCCCGCCUUUGCCCAAUUUCAACUUCAAACCAAAUCACAUCAUCCGGUAAUCUAAACUAAAGAAAACAUGAGCGGAGAAGAACAUCAUAACACUCAGGACAAAGGGCUUCUCUCUAAUAUAGGACAUGCUGCUGCUGGAUACGCACAGAACCAUCAACAGCAUGGUGGAGCGUACCCUCCACAACAAGGGUAUCCCCCGCAAGGAUACCCACCUCAACAUGGGUAUCCCCCUCAAGGAUACCCUCCACAACAAGGGUAUCCCCCUCAAGGAUACCCACCGCAACAAGGGUAUCCCCCCCAAGGAUACCCACCACAACAAGGGCACUCUGCUCCACAUAGUUCUGGAGGACAUGGCGUUACAACCAUGCUAGCUGGAGGUGCAGCAGCAGCUGCAGCCGCAUACGGGGCCCACCAGCUAACAUCGUCACAUGGGCAUGGAGGCCAUAAAGUAUCACAUGGAACCCAUAACAUGAUUCCAGGCAUGGGACAUUUCAGUGGUGGCAAACAUGGUAAGCAUGGUGGCGGCAAGUUCAAGGCGGGUAAGCAUGGCAAAGGUGGGAAGCAUGGGAAGUUUGGCAAGGGUAAGGGCAAGGGCAAGUUCUCAGGGUUCAAGAAAUGGAAGUAAAUGUUUAUGUAUAUGUUGUUACUCUUAUGUUCUGUUUUAACUUCCUAAAAUCCGAGUUUCUCGGCUAUAGUUUGGAUUUUGAUUUCUCGGUUGUUCUUUCUUGAUGGGUUUUAUGGUUCGGGUUUAAUAUAUUAAUAAACAGUAAUUAAUGUAUAAUUUGUUGAUUUACAAGUUGCA